AUGAGGAAAACGAUCAAGGAUGAAUGGCUCGACGUCGACGCUAGGACGAUGGUCACGCAGAACUUCCACGACGCGAGGAUCAAGAUCGAACGCUAUACUGCCAGUUUCGCGCUGAAGUAUGCACUCCCCGAGCUCGUGACCCGCUCCAAGCAGGAGCUCGACCGCUUCGAAAUCCAGCUCAACCACGACCUCGAUCUCAUGGAUCGCCAGCCCGAGCAGAAGCUUGAGCAGUGCGAUGCCGAGGUCUUGAACCAAGAUGUCGGUGCUGGUCCUUCUUCUAAGCGUCAACUCGGCGGGGCUGAGAUGAUGCCGGAAGAUAGGCUUAAAACCGGUCGAGAUGCCAAUCGCAAGCAGCGCGGUGCGAACGAUUCUGCCACUGCAGUCAAUCCAGCACUUGCAGCCAACAAUGUAAGCAGAAAAAGGCCCAAGCUCGGUGAUUUGCCUGCAGUCAUCCUCACCGUCGCACAUGAACAACCACCACCUGACUACUUUCGAACAACUCACCAUCACCAGCCUCGACACAGUCAACCACCAACUCAGUCUCGCCAGACACCUGACGCCUCCUGGGAGACCAAGACACAAUCUCUUAGAAGCGCAAGAGAUGUAGUCGAGAUCCAGCCCGAGGGUGGAUAUCCAGAGUUGCCGUUGGGCCCAGGACAGACGUGGUCAGGUCCGAUCAAGGAGAACCAAAUGACGGCUCCUGGCAACCGGUUCGUCGUACCUGCCGGAGAGGUUCGCUAUCGAGAGCGUCACUUUCCCAGCAUUGGCGAGUCCAUCCAUCCUGGCUUUGUAGUGAUGCAGCCCGGCUGCGACGAAUGCACUCGUCGCAACAAGAUCUGCACUUUUGGUGUCGGUACCAAUCACAGAGGCAGGGAGCGCGAUCCAACCAAGGGUAAUUGCGACCUGUGCGUAGUUCGGUACAAAAAGUGCCGCGGUUUGGGCUUUACCGGCAUCGCAGCGAGCACCAAACGCUCUUCCAGUCAGACGUCAAAGUAG